UUAGAAGGAGAGACUGAGGACGGUAAAACAUCAAAGGCAAAACCCAAUUUCCUUUGCAGAGACACAGUUCUGUUUCUGGCUUGGCUUGCUUGGCUCGGCUCGGCUCACCGCAGGACUCACUGGGUGCGUCUUCGUUCGUGGAUGGCUUUUUGGACUUUUCACUCGGCUUGUGUCUGACACAGCCACUCGGGGCGGCGCCUCCUAAAUGUCUAUGAUUGAAACCCCCGCCGUCCACCACCUCAGCGGGGGCGCCACCGAUCAUCACCGUCACUCGUCUAAACGCAAACUCGACGAAGAAGAUGACGGAGAUUUCUCGGACUUAGUCUGUGUGAGGAUGCGGAAAGAGGAGGCUGUGAAUUCAUGGUCGAGCUCCUCCGGCGCCUCUGGCACCGCCGGAAGCGGCUGCUCUGCUGUCGCGCAGAAGCCGCGAUCGCACAUCCAGUUCUUUGUGCGAAUGAUGUCAGCCGGAAACACUAUUGUGAUGCAGGCUUUCCCCGAAGACAGCGUGAAAUCGAUUCAUGAGCGUAUCCAAAGCAUGAAGGGAAUUCCGGUGUUUGAACAGAGAUUAAUUUAUCGGGGGAAGCAGCUUCAGUGGGAACAGACUCUCGCUGAAUGUUCCAUUCAAAACGACGCCAAUCUUCAACUCGUUGGUCGCAUGCGCAGUACUGAACACCCUCAGGCAUGGCAAAUUAUCAACGACAUGGUUUCCCUCGUGUAUCGACUUUGCUGUGGUGAGACUGUUCACGAUUCCUUGAAGACUAUCAAGGGGUUAAUCACCAGUUACUUGAACAUGACUCCGAGGAUUGACAACGAAUCUGCUUCUGGGUAUUUUCAGAUUUUCAUGUCUUCUUCUGCUCCUGACGUGCUUGUUAUGCUCUAUGUGUCCCCUUAUGCAGGUAACAAGGAUUGUGCUGAGUCUUCUGUUAGACACUUUUUGAGUUCUUGCCGAAAUACCUUGUCUAAGGCAUUGCAUGGGCAGUGUGCAUGUGUGGUCUUAGAGUUCUGUAAAUUGCUUAGGAGAGUUGGAACUAAUGACCCUUUGUAUCUCUAUUGCCGGAGUACCUUUGGGUCCUUGUUGGAAACUGCUGGGGUUUCCUACGCUGGUUCUGAUAAUGCUAAGGGGUUAGUUUUGAUUAAGGACAUUUUCCCCUUUGUUUUUGAGCUUGUUAAUUGCUUGUUGAUGGACUUGGACUCGAGUAUGGAAUCCCACAGAGCCGUGGGGCCUUUGUCUAAUGAUGUUGUGGAUUUUACUGCCUUCUUAGUGCCUUUGAGAACUGGAAUCAAGGAGCAACAAGCUGUCAAUGGUUCUAUGGCUCAAGACAAAAGUAAUAAGGAUCUCUUGCACGCCAAAGAGAUUGAAUAUCUUCACUGUUUGUACAUGCAGUUAUUGAACAAAAUCGACCAGUGCCUUCAAAAAAUGGACCAGAACUUGGCUGGCCAGGAAAUGAUGGAAGGGGAUAAUCCUUAUCCUGGGUGGUCUCAUUAUCUUUCCAUCUUGAAGGAGUUGUAUCAAAUUUCUAAGCUUUAUGAUGGUGCUGAAGAAAAGCUUUGGAGUGUUUUGAGGCGACAUAGAAAUGUGCUGUGUCUGUUGAUUGUUCGAUAUGCAAAGAGAACUGAUGAGCAUCAGUGGAUUCUGGAGCAUAGGUUUGUGACCAAUUUUGAGUCUAGAAGGCAUUUGGCCAUGAUGAUGUUCCCAGAGGUCAAAGAAGACUAUGAGGAGUUGCACGAGAUGCUUAUUGACAGGUCUCAGUUAUUGGCUGAGUCUUUUGAAUACAUAGCGCGUGCUGAGCCUGAAUCUCUACAUGCUGGUUUAUUUAUGGAAUUCAAAAAUGAGGAAGCUACUGGCCCAGGUGUACUAAGGGAGUGGUUUCUUCUGGUAUGCCAAGCAAUAUUCAAUCCACAAAAUGCACUUUUUGUGGCAUGCCCAACUGACAGAAGGAGAUUUUUCCCUAAUCCUGCAUCUAGGGUACAUCCUCUGCACCUUGAGUACUUCAGCUUUGCUGGUCGAGUAAUUGCAUUAGCUUUGAUGCAUAGGGUGCAAGUGGGUAUUGUUUUUGAUCGUGUGUUUUUCUUGCAAUUGGCGGGAAGCUAUAUUAUUGUUUUAGAGGAUAUCAGGAGCGCGGACCCUUGUCUGUAUACUAGCUGCAAGAAAAUAUUGGAUAUGGAUGCUGAUUUCAUUGAUUCAGAUGCAUUAGGACUGACAUUUGUUAGAGAGGUGGAGGAGUUAGGACAGAGGAAAGUGGUUGAGCUCUGCCCUGGGGGAAAAAACGUUGUAGUUAAUAGUAAGAACAGGGAUAAGUAUGUUGAACUUCUUAUACAGGAUCGCUUUGUAACAUCCAUAUCCGAGCAGGUAUCACAUUUUGCCAAAGGUUUUGCUGAUAUUCUUUCAAACUCCAAGCUCCAGCAGUACUUCUUCCAAAGUUUAGACCUUGAAGAUCUUGAUUGGAUGCUGCACGGGAGUGAAGACACCCUUUCUGUUGAGGAUUGGAAAGCACACACCGAGUAUAAUGGUUACAGUGAGACAGAUAUUCAGAUCUCUUGGUUUUGGGAGAUUGUUGGGAGUAUGACAGCUGAUCAAAGGAAGGUUCUUCUAUUCUUUUGGACAUCUGUAAAAUAUUUACCAGUUGAAGGUUUCCGUGGUUUGGCUUCACGACUCUACAUAUACAGAUCCCUUGAACCUGGUGAUCGCCUGCCUUCGUCUCACACAUGCUUUUUCCGGCUGUGUUUCCCGGCUUAUUCAUCUAUGGCUGUCAUGAAAGAACGUCUCGAACUCAUCACUCAAGAACACAUUGGGUGCAGUUUUGGUACUUGGUGAACAAAUACACCUUCAAUCUGGAUAAAAGUGGUUUUGACUGCACAUAGAUUGUCGUUGUACAGAUUAUAUGAGUGUUCCCAUCAGUUCUCUAAUUGGAUACUGUGACAUAUUUCACCAGUUCUCUAUUUUCCAAAGUAGUGGAGGGUUGCAGUGGCAUUGGUCUUUAUCAAAUGUUUAUAUGGAUAAAGUAUGAAAUAAAACAGGGUUUAAAGAAA